AUGUCACUCCGAUUCAUUGGUUCAAUAUUGCACAGGUCAAAGACUGUAGUAUCAUGCAGAACUAGUAGUGCGGCCAUCUUGCAUACAAGAUAUAUAUCAUACUCCAAAUGUACAUUGUCACAACAACAACAGACACAACAACAACAAAGACAGAAUGAGUAUAAAGUAGAAGGUAAUGGAGCAUAUGUACAUGUACAUAAGAUGCAACAUAAGUACCCAUUUGGAGUGAAGAAGGAUGAGGUCAGAAUGCAAGAGUUGUUUGAUAAGAAGGACUAUAGUAGCGUGUUGGCUCAGAUCAAUCGACGCGUGACAGAGAUCACUCAUAAUAUAUUACAUCUGGCAAUACAGUCGGUGCUAGAGAUGAAGAAUGACUUUGUCCAAAAGUGUCAAAGCAAUCAAUUGUUGGAGGAUGAUGUCAAGAUGAUCGAUGCCAAGAUCAAGACCAACACCUAUCUCGUGCUCACUCGCUGUCUUCAAAAGAAGUUCCCGGCCAAAGACAUUGUCAACUUCCUCCAAGGCAUGGACGUCCCCAAAGACAUCGACUUCUUCAAGCCACUCUUUGUCGACAUUGAACCCUUUCACAUCGUUCAGCUCAACACCAUCAUGCAAGACUAUGGAGUCCCCAUCGUAGCUGGCUCACAUGAACAUGCUGCUAUACUAGAGUCGUAUAUAUUGACGAAUAACAUUCAGUACGCGAUCGAUCAGUUGGACAAGUUGACAGCGAGCGAGAUAUCACCAAAGCUCAUGGAGAUCAUGGUGUCAUCAUUCAUUGAGGUCGGUCGUAUUGACGAUGCAAGAAGGACACUAUACCGCCACAUUGACAAUGUCGAUCAGCCUCACUUCAUAUUCAGUUCCAUUCGUCUAUGUCUUGCUCUUGGACAGGUCGAGCUGGCAACCAACAUGCUUAUAAACAGUAAACAUCAGGUGGAAGUGAUGCCACUAAGGACGAUACAGGAUGUGUUGAUGACUUGUAGGAAGUACAGGGAGUAUGGACUGGCAGAGAGAAUAUUUGGUGCAAUGUCAACGGAGCAGAACUAUGAGUUGAUGCUAUGUUGGAUGAUCAAUGUCUGUUUGGAAUCACCAUCCAAGCAACAGAAGUAUAAGGAGCUGUUGCUGUCGCUGCGCCAAUCGAUGGACGUAGCCAAGAAGAGUGUGGCGCCUCCCAACAUGGUCAACUUGCACAAGAACGUGGACUACAUGAAACAACGUCUAAUGGACCCAGCGAACAGGGUAAAGGUGUCAGUGAGCACCUCCAAUGCCAAGCACGAGCGACCCGACCGUACUGGCGGCUAUCCCGCUCAUCAGCCAAGACAUCAAUCACAUCAAUCACAUCAGCCACAUCAGAGACAACACAAUUUCCAACAAUCCAGUGUCAACAAUCAUUCGAUCAAAUCUAAGGCCUCCACCAUGGUGGAGAAGUCAAGUUGA